AAAAUAUAUUUAAUUAUUUAAUUUAAAAAUAAUGAGAUUCAAUUAAUAAUAUUUUAUUGUUUACCAGCUGAAAAUGUGUGUAUUAAUCACUGUUACAUUGAUACUAAUUACAAUGCAACUCACUAAUGGAAAUGGAUGUGGAAUGGAGAAAACAACCUUUUUAAAAACGUUUGGUUCACGACCAAGUGAAGUACAAUUUUAUACGUUGUUGUAUAAAAAUAAUGAAAUUACAGGCAUUACGGAAGAAUGUUUAUUACAUUGUAAAAAUGAUUUAAUGUGUACAAAUGUUAUUGUGUUUUAUAAUAAUUCAGAAUGUUUUCAAUAUCGAAAUACCAAUGAUUUUUAUUCGUUUGAAACGAAGGAGUUUAAUCUAAUAAGUGAUCGAAAUGCUGUGUUUUUUGAGAAAAAAUGUCUUCCAGUUCCAGAAAAUUGUUCUUCAAAGUUAUGGGCUUUUGAAAGAGUAUUAAAUUACACCCUUGUGAGCAAUGGUGUAACACUACCUGGUUUAUACACAGAAUUGGAGUGUGUGCAAAAGUGUUUAGUCGAAACCCGUUUUCCAUGCCAUUCUAUAAAUUACAAAUUGAAAAUUGAUAGCCAAAAUGCGAUAUAUAGUAAUGUAACACAAAAUAUGGGCACUUGCCAUUUAAAUGAUGGAAAUGAUCGACAUACGCUACCAAAUGCAUUUCGAGUUAGUACUUAUGGAAACGAUUAUAUUGAAAAUCAAUGUUUAAAUAUUUCUACUGGCGAACAUUGUUUUUAUGAAGAAUAUAAGAACAAAAUCUUUCCAAAUACAAAUAUACAAUUCACAGUGCCAUCCAAAGAAUUAUGCCAAAAAAAAUGUGAUAUGAAUACAAUAUUCAAUUGUUAUGGAUUUAGCUUGGUUCCAUUCAAUACAUCGUCCUACAUUUGUUUAUUACAUAGUGAAGAUUUAUAUUUAAUUGGUCCAAAUUCAUUAUUAACAAGUUAUAAUUCACAAUAUUUUGAACGAUCUAAAUGUUUAAAUUUAACAGUUUCGUGCACCGAUGUGGAUAUGUUCAUUAAAUAUACUCCUGAUCGAAAAUUUGAUGGACGAAUUUACAUGCAAGGAUACUCAGAAGUAAAGGAUUGUAAUGAAUAUGGCCACGGUAAUACAACUAUUGUACUACAUAUUGGAGUUUUGAAACGAACAUGUGGAUUAAUAGAAGCAAUGUCGUCAGAUAAAAACAGAUCCCUUGUAUACGGCUAUUUAAUAAUUCAAUAUAAUCCUUUAAUUCAAACUCAAGGUGAUCGAUUAGUUAAAGUUGGAUGUUUAAUCAAUAAGGAUGAUCAAGUCGAUAAUGUAACUCUCGAUUCAACGAUUCACUUAAAUUCGAGUUUUCCCGAUCAAGGCGAAAUAAUCAUUGCUAACAGUACAAUAAAACCAGUAAUCAGAAUAAUGAUUGUUGAUCCGAUAACCAAUAUGGAUGUUAAUGAAGUACAAAUUGGACAAGAAAUUCAACUUAGAGUUCAAAUUGAACCAGCAGAUGGGCCUUACGAUAUUUCACCAGGAAAACUUUGGGCAAUAGGCGAAAACAAUUCAGAUUCGAUUCUGUUAUUGGAUGAUUCAGGAUGUCCUGUACGACCAAAUAUAUUUCCGGGGUUUAUUAAAACACGAUACCCCACCAAAUUACUUUUAACAUCUAAUUUUCUAGCUUUUAAAUUUAUAACGUCAAAUACAGUGAAAUUUAAGAUUAUGAUACAUUUUUGUAUUCUAAAAUGUCCUGAGGUAAACUGUACUUUAAAUCGACAAAUACGCAAUACAGAUUCUGACGAUGAUAACUUAAUGAAUGAUGAUAAAAAUUUCAGUCCAUCCUCGAACGAUACCGAUGCCAUGAUACCUAUUGAAUAUGUAAUAAUUGUAAAUCAAAAUAUUUCAUCGGAUAGGUAUAUGGACGACGGAAGAAUUUUAAUAGCUGGUUACGAUAUUGGUCGAAACGAGGUUUGUUUGGAUUAUUAUCUUUUAUUGGGUCUUUUAAUAUUAUGGUUUGUUAUUCAACUGAUUAUCUUUGUCGGUUGUAUUAUGGUCGUACGAAAGUAUAAAAAACUUUAUGGUAUGACUUACAUUGAGCCAACAUCAGCUUUGAGCGAUACACAAAGUAGAGCACAAAGUAAUUGUAGUUGCGGAACACAAAGAAGCAAUAAUUCUCAGCGAAGGCUUCAAUGGGAUGACCAUUUGUAUAUUGGACCAUCUUCUUCCAUUUACGAUUAGAAUUCAUUUAACAAAAUUGCACAUAUAAUCCAUUUUAACAAAAUUCACUGCAGUUAAAGUUAUUGAUGAGCUAAUUGCUGUAACGUGCAUUAAUUAUGGAUAUGUUUUUGGAAAUAUCUGUCUCUAAAAUCUUUUAUCGAUAAUAUGAUUCACAAUUAAGAGACAGUUUGAAAUGAAAUUAUCUCAUUACAUGGACAGUUACAAUUUUUUCAAAGAAAUUCAAAAUGGGACUUUUUGUUUAUGUGUAUUAAUUUGCAAAAUUAGUAUCGUUUGAAAAUUAAGUAAUUGGACACGAGGAAUCACAUGACCCUUUAUAUCGUAAAAAGGAACACAAGUUUGGCUAGUAAUAUACUUAAUUAUAUAAAAUAAAGCGGAAAUUGCGUUAUUCUUCUUUCCUUUUCUUAAAUAAAACUUGUCCAUAUUUGGAUCUGACUAGUACGCGUUCCAGAUAUAUUAUUAUAUUGUUGUUUAUAAAAUGAUUGUCGCUACAUUAUGUUAUUUAGUACAAGUUAUCAUACCAAAGUUUCAUUAAGAUUCAUACAAAUGUUCCUCUAUAAUAAGAUUUACAACGACGCAUAAUUUUGUACAUAAUUGAAAGAAUGAUGUUUAGAUAAGCAAAAAUGCUGACGGAGGCUCAAGACAGAAUAACGCUUCAACUAAAACACUUUCAUUUUCGUCCAGAAUAGUUUCUUUCAUAAAAAUAUUUUAUUCUGAUUUAUUUUCUCCGAUUAUUUGCAUCAAGUUUUCAUAACUUAUUUAAUAGAUUAGAAAUAAAAAAUUUCUAUUUGACAACUGAAUGCUUCUAAAAUUUCCUUGAGCUUACAGUGCUCCAAGAAUGAACUAUAUCAUCAAUAACUGUUAUACUUCCCUAACUUUAUAAGAAAUACUAUUAAAAAAAAGAUUUGUGAGUUACUACUGAUACUUGCGCAGAUUUUUAUUUGUUAGGUUUUUUUUGUGUUCGAUACUAUAAAUUAAGAAUCUAUAGUAUCCUGGUUCAUCCGUUAGUACAUGGUAAGAAAGUACAUUUAUGUGUCAGCAUUGUGUUAAGUCUUAGCUCUAAUGAAAGGAACAUCAUUUACA